CCUCCCCCUCCCCGACGCUCGCUUUCUGUCAGCCUCUCUCCCUCUCCCUCUCCCCCUCUCUCCUGCCUCUCGCUUCCUCUCUCGCACCUGAGCACACGCACCUGCCGGGGCCCGGCUCCCUCUCCCUCCUCCCCUCCUUCCCCUCCCUUCUUUCCCGCCCGGCCGGAAGGCUCGGGCCUGGCCGCGAGAGCCUCGCGGCUGCGUCACCGCGGUCCCCCAGACAAGAUGGACACCGCCGAGGAAGACAUAUGUAGAGUGUGUCGGUCAGAAGGAACACCUGAAAAACCUCUUUAUCAUCCUUGUGUAUGUACUGGCAGUAUUAAAUUUAUCCAUCAAGAAUGCUUAGUUCAGUGGCUGAAACACAGUCGAAAAGAAUACUGUGAAUUAUGCAAACACAGAUUUGCUUUUACACCAAUUUAUUCCCCAGAUAUGCCUUCACGGCUUCCAAUCCAAGAUAUAUUUGCUGGACUGGUUACAAGUAUUGGCACUGCAAUACGAUAUUGGUUUCAUUAUACACUUGUGGCCUUUGCAUGGUUGGGAGUUGUUCCUCUUACAGCAUGCCGCAUCUACAAGUGCUUGUUUACUGGCUCCGUGAGCUCACUACUGACACUGCCGCUAGACAUGCUGUCAACGGAAAAUUUGUUGGCGGAUUGUUUGCAGGGUUGUUUUGUGGUGACAUGCACAUUGUGUGCAUUCAUCAGCCUGGUGUGGUUGCGAGAGCAGAUAGUCCACGGGGGAGCACCGAUUUGGUUGGAACACGCUGCUCCGCCCUUCAAUGCUGCUGGGCAUCACCAAAAUGAGGCUCCAGCAGGAGGAAACGGUGCAGAAAAUGUUGCUCCUGAACAACCUGCUAACCCCCCAGCUGAGAAUGCAGUGGUGGGAGAAAACCCUGACGCGCAGGAUGAUCAGGCGGAAGAGGAGGAGGAAGAUAACGAGGAGGAAGAUGAUGCAGGCGUGGAAGAUGCAGCAGAUGCCAAUAAUGGAGCCCAGGAUGACAUGAACUGGAAUGCUUUAGAAUGGGACCGAGCUGCAGAAGAACUCACGUGGGAAAGAAUGCUAGGACUUGAUGGAUCACUAGUUUUUCUGGAACAUGUCUUCUGGGUGGUGUCUUUAAAUACACUGUUCAUUCUUGUGUUUGCAUUUUGCCCUUACCACAUUGGUCAUUUCUCCCUUGUUGGUUUGGGAUUUGAAGAACAUGUCCAAGCAUCUCAUUUUGAAGGCCUAAUCACAACCAUAGUUGGGUAUAUACUUUUAGCAAUAACAUUGAUAAUUUGCCAUGGCUUGGCAACUCUUGUUAAAUUUCAUAGGUCUCGUCGCUUACUAGGAGUCUGCUACAUUGUUGUUAAGGUCUCUUUGUUAGUGGUGGUAGAGAUUGGAGUGUUCCCUCUCAUUUGUGGCUGGUGGCUGGAUAUCUGUUCCCUGGAAAUGUUUGACGCUACUCUGAAAGAUCGAGAACUAAGCUUUCAGUCGGCUCCAGGUACUACCAUGUUUCUACAUUGGCUAGUAGGAAUGGUGUAUGUGUUCUACUUUGCCUCCUUCAUUCUAUUACUGAGAGAGGUACUUCGACCUGGUGUCUUAUGGUUUCUAAGGAAUUUGAAUGAUCCAGAUUUUAAUCCAGUGCAGGAAAUGAUCCACUUGCCCAUUUAUAGGCAUCUCCGAAGAUUUAUUUUGUCAGUGAUUGUCUUUGGCUCCAUUGUCCUCCUGAUGCUUUGGCUUCCUAUACGUAUAAUUAAGAGUCUAUUGCCUAAUUUUCUUCCCUACAAUGUCAUGCUGUACAGUGAUGCUCCAGUAAGCGAACUGUCCCUUGAGCUGCUUCUGCUUCAGGUUGUCUUGCCAGCGUUACUCGAACAGGGACACACAAGGCAGUGGCUGAAGGGGCUUGUGCGAGCGUGGACUGUCACUGCAGGAUACUUGCUGGAUCUUCAUUCCUAUCUGUUGGGAGACCAGGAAGAAAAUGAGAAUAGUGCAAAUCAACAAGUCAACAAUAACCAGCAUGCUCGAAAUAACAACGCUAUUCCUGUGGUGGGGGAAGGCCUGCAUGCAGCCCACCAAGCCAUACUUCAGCAGGGAGGCCCUGUCGGCUUUCAGCCUUACCGCCGGCCUUUAAAUUUUCCACUCAGGAUAUUUCUGUUGAUUGUCUUCAUGUGUAUCACAUUAUUGAUUGCCAGCCUCAUCUGCCUUACUUUACCAGCCUUUUUAUUUUCAGUAUUCGCUGGUCGUUGGUUAAUGUCCUUUUGGACGGGAACUGCCAAAAUCCAUGAGCUCUACACAGCUGCUUGUGGUCUGUAUGUUUGCUGGCUAACCAUAAGGGCAGUGACAGUGCUGGUGGCAUGGAUGCCUCAGGGACGAAGAGUGAUCUUCCAGAAGGUUAAAGAGUGGUCUCUUAUGAUAAUGAAGACUUUGAUAGUUGCUGUGCUGCUGGCUGGGGUUGUCCCACUCCUUUUGGGGCUCCUGUUUGAGCUGGUUAUUGUUGCUCCCUUGAGGGUUCCUUUGGAUCAGACUCCUCUUUUUUAUCCAUGGCAGGACUGGGCACUUGGAGUCCUGCAUGCCAAAAUCAUUGCCGCUAUUACAUUGAUGGGUCCUCAGUGGUGGUUGAAAACUGUAAUUGAACAGGUUUAUGCAAAUGGCAUCCGGAACAUUGACCUUCACUACAUUAUUCGUAAACUGGCAGCUCCAGUGAUCUCUGUGCUCUUGCUUUCCUUGUGUGUACCUUAUGUCAUAGCUUCUGGCGUGGUUCCCUUACUAGGUGUUACUGCAGAAAUGCAAAACUUAGUCCACCGGCGGAUUUAUCCAUUUUUACUGAUGGUUGUGGUAUUGAUGGGAAUCUUGUCCUUCCAGGUUCGCCAAUUUAAGCGCCUUUAUGAGCAUAUUAAAAACGACAAGUACCUUGUGGGUCAACGCCUGGUGAACUAUGAGCGGAAAUCUGGCAAGCAAGGGACAUCUGCGCCACCUCCACAGUCGUCCCAAGAAUAAAGUGGUUGUCUCAACUCCUUGACCUUCCCCUUGCCUUUACGUGUCCUUUUUUGUGGACUUCUCGCUUUGGAGAUUUUACCCCGUGAUCUCUCAGCGUUGUUUUUAAGUUAAAUGUACUUGACUUGUGUCCUCAGCAUCCAGAGAGUAGCGUUUAAGGCUCUGCUGCUCUUCCCUGCAUCUGCCGACAUCACUGCUGUCUGAGAUCUGUAUAUGUGUAAAUAGAAGUUCCUUGAUUCCCUAAAACCUUGGAUUAAACAGAAUGUGCAUUGUACAUCUUUAAACAAAAUGUAUAUUAAUUUAUUAAAUCUAGUUGUCACUUUA